AUGGCGAACCUGAACCAGUACCAGUACCCAGACAUGAGCUCGCCUGUCGCGAUCCCCGUCCGGGCGUCCGUGCCCGCGCCAGGCUACUCUACCAUCUCCGUCUCGCCGACGGGCGCACAGUCGCUCUAUUCGCGCAGGAACGAGGCCUCGAACUCUGCUUCUUCGAUCCGAGUGCCGCGGGUGCUGCACCCGAUCGACAACGAAGACCUGCGUCUGCUGCUGCUCGAGAACAUCAGCCAAGACGCCGUCGCGGCCUUCCGCCAGCAAGGCUUCACCGUCGACCACAGCACCAAGGCCAUGUCCGAGGACGACCUGGUGAAGAAGAUCGGCGACUACCACGCCAUCGGCAUCCGCUCCAAGACAAAGAUCACAGAGCGCGUCCUCAAGGCAGCAACCAAGCUUCUCGUCAUCGGCUGCUUCUGCAUCGGCACAAACCAGGUCGACCUCCCAGCGGCCGCCAAGGCCGGCAUCCCGGUCUUCAACUCGCCCUUCUCCAACUCGCGCUCGGUCGCAGAGCUCGUCAUCUCCGAGAUCAUCGCGUUGGCCCGCCAAUACUUCGAGCGCGCGUUCGAGAUGAAGAUGGGCACUUGGAACAAGCAGUCCAAGGGCUGCUGGGAGAUCCGCGGCAAGACGCUCGGCAUCGUCGGCUACGGUCACAUCGGCUCGCAGCUGUCUGUACUCGCGGAGGCAUUUGGCAUGCGCGUACUCUACUACGACGUGCUCAACCUCAUGCCGUUGGGCUCAGCCCGCCAGGUCGACUCCCUCACCGCCCUCCUCACCCAGUCUGACUUUGUUACCCUCCAUGUGCCGGAACUCGACGAAACCAAAAACAUGAUCUCGACCGAACAGCUGGCACACAUGAAGCAGGGCGCAUACCUGAUUAAUAACGCCCGCGGCACCGUCGUCGACAUCCCUGCCCUUGUGCAGGCCUUGAAGUCAGGCCAUCUCGCCGGCGCUGCGAUUGACGUGUUCCCAUCGGAACCUGGCUCGAACGGCGCUCCCUUCGACGAUGCCCUAAACGGCUGGUCGAGCGAGUUGCGUUCACUCAAGAACGUCAUCCUCACCCCGCACAUCGGUGGCUCGACCGAGGAGGCGCAGAGCAUGAUCGGCGAAGAGGUUUCACUAGCGCUUUCACGCUACCUUAACCAGGGGACGACCAUGGGUGCUGUCAACUUCCCUGAGGUCGACCUACGUGCGAUUGACGCCGACAAGCCGCGUCACAUCCGCGUCUGCCAUGUCCACGUAAACCAACCGGGUGUGCUUCGCAUCGUUAACGAGGUCCUUUCGCCCUACAACGUCGAGAAGCAGUUCUCCGAUUCGAAGGGCGACGUCGCUUACCUCAUGGCCGAUAUCGCCGACGUGUCCCCGCAGGACAUCAAUCGUCUGCGCGAGCAGAUCAGCACAACAAAGGCGAAUAUCAUCACGCGUUUACUCGCGUGA